AUGUCGGAUCACACCUACAACUUCAACAUCACCAUGACUUGCGGCGGCUGCUCCGGCGCAGUUGAGCGUGUCCUCAAGAAGCUCGACGGUGUCAAGUCCUUCGACGUCUCUCUCGACAACCAAACCGCAUCCGUUGUCACCGAACCCUCCCUUGACUACAACACCGUGCUGGAGAAGAUCAAGAAGACUGGCAAGAAGGUCAACUCGGGCGAGGCUGACGGCCAACCCCAAGCUGUCUAA